AUGAAUAUGACAAAUAAUAGUGUUGUUUCUGAUCCAACUCCAUUCCUUGCUCUCCCAAAUCCUUUGUUUGUUGUUCUUUUAUAUCGUUAUGGAUUGGGAUUGUUAUUUCUAUUAGGAUUCACAGGUAAUCUAGCAAGUAUGGCAACAUUUAUGCAAACAGCAUUACGUGUCACUUCUACAGGCUUUCUAUUUCUUAUUUUGGCUUUUUCCGAUAGUUUAUUUUUGCUUGUAUCAAUUUUCGAUUUUAUUGAAGUUGGUUUGAUACAAGGACCAAUUCUUUUAGCAAACUACGAUAGUCUAUGUCGAUUUCGCUGGUUUUCAAAAGGUUUUAUUCAAUUCUGUUCAGCUUGGAUUCUUGUUUUUGUCACAAUUGAUCGUUGGCUUAGAACAUGUUUUCCAUUUAAAGCCAAUAAAUGGUGUACACAUAAAAAUGUUAUCAUAGUUACAAUAUGCAUCAUAAUUAUUGCAAUUAGUUUACAUAGUCAUAUGUUAAGUGCCCAAUUCUUUGGUAGAUAUCAGCCUGGUAUUGCAACAAUAGCAUGUGGACCUAUACAGUUUACCGGUUCAUAUAUAGAUUUUUAUUUUACUCAAUGGCCUUUCAUUCAAGUAUUCUUUGUUUGUCUAAUUCCUGUAACAGUAAUGCUUCUUGGUAGCAUUGCCAUUCCUCGUACUAUACAGAAAACAAAAUCUCGUAUUCAAACAAUUGGAACGAAUCAGCCACAACAAUUACGUCAAGCACGUUUACAUCGACAAAUGUUGAUCUUGAUGAUAUCUAGUAUCAUGAUAUUUUUCGUCACGACAUUACCUGUCAAUCUUCGUCAAAUUGUAGGUGCUUAUGAAGUUUCUACUGGUCAAAAUACUGAUAUAAAUAAAAUUGUCAGUGAUACGGCUAUACUUACUGUACUACUCAGUUUAAACUAUGCCAUUAUUUAUCGAUUAGCUGGAGGUACAACUGGAAACAAUGCAAUUAAUAUUAAUCAUACUAUGAUGCCAUCAGUUGCAAAUGGAAAUGCUCAUACCAAUAUUCGUCAUAAUCAACCACCCACUUAA